AUGUCCGGCGAAGUCAAGAGCGGCGAGGUUGUGGCGAUCAUGGGUGGAUCAGGCGCCGGCAAGAGCUCGCUCCUCAACGUUCUGGCCGGCCGAAUCGCCAACGUCGGCAAGCUGUCGGGAAGCAUUCUGGUCAACGGCCGUGAGCGCGAGGCCAAGAAAUGGCGAAACAUGUGCGCCUAUGUCGAGCAGGACGACGUCAUGUUCCGUAAUCUCACCGUCUACGAGACCAUCAUGUUUUCCGCGCAGCUGCGGCUCCCGAGAACCUGGACCCACCAGCAGCGGCACGAGCGCGUGAUCGCCAUUAUCCAGGAGCUCGGGCUGCUCAAGUGCAAGGACACCAUCAUCGGCGACACGAUUCGCAGAGGCAUCUCGGGCGGCGAGCGCAAGCGUGUCUCGAUCGCCAUCGAGCUCGUGAACUACCCAAGCAUUCUCUUUCUGGACGAGCCCACUUCGGGUCUCGAUGCCUUCACGGCCUUCAACAUCGUCGAAACAAUCAAGAAGCUUGCGACGCAGCACAACUGGCUCGUCGUCAUGACCAUUCACCAGCCCCGAACGGACAUUAUGGAUCUGCUCGACAAGGUCAUUCUCCUCAGUGUCGGCAAGACUCUGUGGAUGGGCACGACCGCCGCUGCCCUGAUGCACUUUGAUGAACUCGGGUAUCACCUCCCCGAUAAGACCAAUCCUUCGGACUUUUUUAUGGACAUCAUCACCCUUGACCAGCGGACACCAGAGCUCUCGGAGCAGUCCCAGUCCCGCAUCGAAAAGUUCCAGCAGGCUUGGGAGACAAGGCGAACCCGCAUGAACACCAAUGUGCCUUCCGAAGUCGGCAUCGAAACUCCCGUCGAUCGCUUGCCUCCCAACUGGUUCCGAGAGCUGGGCAUCCUGCUUCGCCGCAACCUGCAGGAGGUCUCGCGAGACAAGGCCACUCUCGGAGCCACCUUUGGCCAGGGCAUCAUCAUGAUGCUUUUCAUGGGAUUCAUCUACUUCAAGGUGACACUCGAUUCGGCCGGGGCCCAGAACCGCGGCGGUGUGCUGUUCUUCAUGUGCAUCAACCAGACCUUCGGUGUGGUGAUGCCGAGUCUCCCAAAGUUCAUUGAACAGCGAGAGAUCAUCAAGCGCGAGCGCGCCUCAGGAGCAUACAGGGCCAGCGCCGCCUAUAUCGCCAAGGUCAUAUCGACCUGGCCGCAGGUGUUUAUUGGCGUGCUGAUUCUGGCGCUUCCUGUUUACUGGAUGGUCGGACUGCAGCCACUGGCAGCCAACUACUUUACGUUUCUCCUGAUUCUGGUGGUCCAUUCGAAUGUCGCCAACGCCCUGGGGCUGAUGAUGGGUAGCGCCUCACCAAACUUGACUGUCGCCCAGAUCAUCGGUCCCUUGACGAUCACCAUCUUUCUCCUCUUUGGCGGUCAACUGCUGAACCUGGAUAACGUCCCGGUCGUCUUUCGAUGGAUUCAAUGGAUCUCCAUCAUCUCGUACUCCAACAAGGCCCUGAACCAAAACGAGUUCAGUGGUCUAACCUUCAACAUGUGCAGCGCCAAUAUCACCAAUCCAGGGCCCACUUGCUUCACGAGCGGCGACUACAUCGUCCAAGACCACAACUUGAACAACCCAGACAAAUGGAUGUGCAUCCUCGCAAACGUCAUCAUCGGACUGUGCUUUCUGAUCCUGGGCUAUGCCUUUUUCCAGAGGACCUCGCGGCCGCUCCAGCGCCUGUCGUAAGCCAUUCAGCGCUGUGCUUCGAU